CUUCCUAUCCUCAACUCCCUCCCCUCUCCAAAAACCACAAAAACAACCAUCACAAUGGCCUCCUCCCGCGUCUUCGCUUCUCGCCUGGCUUCCGCCAUGGCCCCUACCACCCGGGUCGCUGCUCGCCCUGCCAUGCGUGCUGCUGUCCCCAAGCGUACCUUCACCGACGCUCGCGCUGCCUUCCGUCCCCAGCCCCUCCAGACCAUGAAGCGUCAGCAACCGUCCACCCUCCUCCAGGCCAACGCUCGUCAGGUCUUCGCCAACUACCAGUCCCGCCGCCAGUACUCCUCUGAGAUCGCCCAGGCUAUGGUUGCCGUCUCCCAGAACGUCGGUAUGGGUUCGGCCGCCAUUGGUCUCGGUGGUGCCGGUAUCGGUAUCGGUCUCGUCUUCGCCGCUCUCCUCCUGAGUGUUUCCCGCAACCCUGCCCUGCGUGGUCAGCUCUUCACAUACGCCAUUCUGGGUUUCGCUUUCGUCGAAGCCAUGGGUCUGUUCGACCUGAUGGUUGCCAUGAUGUGCAAGUACGUCUAAACGGUUUUCUUGAGAAUCGGGGGAAAAAUGAGAGAUGUCUUUUUUUCCAUCUUACUCGGCAAUCAAUCAUGACUCUCCAUUGAUUUCCUGGAGCGGAUAUACUUGGAAGGACUUUUCUUAAAGGGUUGUUCAAGGAUAUUCGUUCUACGUGUGAUGGAAAAAUAUAAUAUCAUGUACUACUUUUCUUGAUCUUCAGCAUCAUCC